UCAACUGUAAUUCAUCAACCGCGGUUAAAGUGAUGUAAAGCUACAAUUGGUUUUAAUACCUUUCGAUGGGAACACAUUUUAAACAGUUUUCUUCAAUCGUUAACUUUACAUCGUCCGAUCAUAAGGAUAUACUUUAACUCAAGAUGAGAUUAUACUUCACUAUCUUAACGAGCGCCUUUCUCGUUACUAUGGCUACAGGGACCCUCGACAUACGGACGAUGUUAAAAAGAAGACCACCAGUCAUGUCGAACUUUAACGAAAAGCUGUGGAUGGGUCAAUGGUUUAAGCAGCGUUGGUUCGCUCCUUGUAGUUGGUCAGGCGCUAGCAAGUUUAUUGACCAGACGAUGAACAACGAAUACACGAAGCAGCCAGGGGUCAUUCUUGGACACGCCUCAUGGAAAAUGAAUGGUCAUUGUGUGAUUGCCACGGAACAUUUGCUUAAAGAAAAGGUUCCCGGCGUAUACAAAGUAGUCGACCCAAUUGGGGAUGUACUGACGGGGGAGGGACGCGUUGUCGCCACUGACUACCGCUGCUACAACAUUUUCUGGGGAUGCACCAAGCCAAGUAUUGUAGACCCCUUACUAUGCGAGGACCCCUGGCUGAGCAUUACCACAAGAAACCCGUUCCCGGAUUCAAAAUGCAUCAAGAUGGCGGCUGAGGCUUUGCAGUCCGUCUUCGGCUUCCCGAUAAACGCCAUGCUUCAGGUUGUGCAUACCUCAGGAUGUGUGCCCAGACCGAAGAAGACAAUUCCAUUCCCCUUUCCUCAAACGUAUAUGAAGAAACCGUAGAGUAAUAUGAAACUGCAUUGUAUGACAUAGUUAUUUAUUAUAUCUUUUGAAAAUAAAAACUUGUUUUGUUCUAUGAUUAAACGGUUAAUGUUUUCUCAAUCCUUCAUGUAUUUAUUUUCGAUUCUUUUCAAUAAUAUGAAUUAAGUUUAUCAAUAGGUCGCAGUAUAAGUCAGGUAUAGUUUGCAUGAAACAUUACGGUUUGUCUGAGUACGUCAAGUCGGACUAUAUGUUAAGAUGUCUGAUGCAAAAAUUCGGAUGCCAGGUGCUGUAUUCAAAAAGGAUCUUAGUGAUAACUGUAAAAUUACUAAUUUAUUUCCAACUUCUAACAUCGAAUAUUUUAAAUACCCUAUGUUUUUCAUUAUAAGUGUUUGGAUGCCUUCAAUUUUUUAAUCUUUUGUGGCUAAAUUUCAUAUUUUUGUUGUAAAAUCUAUCUAAAAAUGUUUCAGAUUUAGCUAAGAAAGAAUUGUUUUACUACGUUGAACAAAUUCCAUGAAUAUGCUUUAUGAAUACGGACAAGGUUGCCACUAUGGUAUUUUGGUAUAAUUGAAAUGUGUUUUGGUGUGCAGGACAGGAAUCGUACAAAAUACAAAUCAUAUUAUUAUAAAAUAGUUUGUUUGGUUGACAAAUAUGUCUUUUUCCUACAUAUCUUAAAGAUUAAACAGUUAAGAAGAAUUUUGAUAACACAUGCAUUUUUAUUGAACAUGACCUUUAAUGAAAAAGAUAUAGGAUUAGAAUAUCAGUCUCUGAUCUGCUUCUGUGCUUACUCAGAUAUAAGUAAAAAUACAAUGGUAGGUUUAGUUUGCCAUCCCAUGCCCACAUUAAAUUUAUUUUAUUUAAAACAUAAUUCGGAAAUAUUUAAACAAUUUCGUUUACUACGCAAUGAUAUUAAGAUAUGAAAGCAUACAAGAAUUAACUUCUUCUCAAUAAGAUAUUUUGAAAAUAAAAUAUGGCGACUGUAUAAUUUUUCAUGAUUUGUGUUUAUCCAAACUAUUGCUGUUAUUGUAUUGGAAUACAAUAAUAUAGUAGUUAUAUUUUCUAUCUUUAUUGUUCGUCAUGAAACCUGUACGUCUUGGCCAUGCUAUUUCACUAGACACUUGCAAAUGUCUCAAGGAAAUUUUCCGAUAAGCAAUACAAUAUGUACACAAAGUGUUUGUACAAUGACAUCCUUAUUUUUUUAGUCUCAUGGAAAUUGUGUAUAUAAAUGUGAGGAACAAAACUUUAUGUCUGACUUAAAUACACUGCACAUAUACACCAUUACAAAAAAUAAAUUAAAUAUUUGUGAUUCGAUCACACAAAAGUACAAACGCCAAACCUAAUAAACAAGGAAACGCUGGUUGUUCUGACUUAUCAUUUUCAGCAUACUUGUUUUAAACAUUUAGUAUCACUUGAAGACCUAUCAACCGCCAAAGUUUCUGCAGUUCCUAUAAAUGAUAAACAGGGAACGCUGGUCGCUUUGACUUAUCAUGUCAGUAGAGUUGGUUUGAAUGUGUUAAUUGAAGUUAAAUAAACCGUCACAAAUAAUACCUGAAGUUUCUGUAAAUUAUGUAAUAAGGAGUCACGGGUUGUUCUCAAUUCCGGAUGUCUGUAUACUUAUAGUUUUGUUAGUUUUUAUCGAAAUGAUUUAAGCUUCAGGGAUCUUAUUUCAAGAUUAUAUAUGUUUUUCAUUCGUAUUUUUUAAUAAACACUUAAUUGGCGGUAUUUAUUCGAAGCUAUUUGCCCGUUAUUGAGGUAGCACUAGCAAUUUAUUGCACGAAGCCGAAAUGCCAAGGCUAAAAGUAGACAUUGCUCUUCCCCGACCGACAAGCCAUUUAAUAUGUAUUUGUUUUUAUUCGUUUUCAUUACAGGGACAAAGUACUUCUAGAUUAUAUAUUUUAUGUCUCCUCACAAAUUGAAAAGUCAUCAUUAAAAUGUUUGAUUGUUUACCCAGAUAAUAGUAAAAACUUAAGUCAGUGAUUGAUGAGAGUGUUUUAAAUAUAGAAUACUGUAAUAAAGUUUUUGUGUUUAA